AUGGGAAAUUUUUUUAUAAUAUCAUAUAAUAAACAUUGUAUAGGACAAAUAAUUCAUAUGUUAUAUUUCAUAUGUUUAAUUUUUAUUUUAUAUAAUAGAAACACAUGCUUGCGAAGAAUUGCAAAAUGUGGUAGAAACUUGUCCGAGUUAAAUUUAGACCUGAGAACAGAUUAUGACGAACGUGAGAUUAAUAUAAAUAAAAACAUUCCAUCUUACCCCGUUAAAUUUAGUAAGUUGGAAUAUAAAUUAAGAAACGAAUGGGAUGAAUUAGAGAUAGAUGAACAUGAUGAUUAUAUGGAUGUCACUGUUGAAUGUUUUGAAAAAUUAUUAGAAAAUGACAAAAAUUUAGAAAAUUACCAAGAGAAUUAUGAAAUAAGAGCCUUAGUUGCUUAUAUGUUACAUGAGCUUCGUAGAGGAUAUAUAAAUGAGCAAAAAAUGAAAUUUAAGAAUUUUUUACAUAAAUUAAAAGAAAAAAGAAUUAAUGAACCUAUAGACACCUUGAAUAAUGAUGAACAAGAUGAAUGGAAUAAAAUAAAGAAUGGAAAAAUUAAAAGUGAUGAAGAAUGGAAAAGUUACCAAUUACAAACAUGGGAAUAUUUAAUUAAAAUGGAAUAUUAUAAAAAUAAAUACAGUCAGAAUGUGUAA